UGUUUUCUCUUAAAUUCUGCUUACAAAAGCAUACUUGUUUCUUUCCUCACAAAACCACUGUAUUAUCGAUCACUUCAGUCACUGAAAGAUCUAAAUGGUACGAACUUGUCGAUACUCACAUUAGCAGAAAAUCUUAAAUUUACGCCGGAGUCCGUUGAUCCACACAUCGCCAGUAUUUUGUUGCCAAGAAUCGAACUAGACCAAACGAUAUUUAAAACUCAGACUUGGGAGAUGGAUGUGACGCGUGGGUACUUCAUGAGACAAAGCAUCGCGAAUUUAAUGAAGCAAGACGACCGUUACAUAGACCACAAUGGACAACCGAUGUUCCAUUUAAUAGAGGAAUGUGCUGUACCAUCGUUAAUGGCUUACGUAUUUCCACGGGGAUCCCCAUUUCUUGAAAUAAUCAACGAAUUAAUUGCUCAUACCUCUCAAGGAAUGCUCCGUCAAGCGCCUCACAUAACGUAUAGCAAAAAUCGACGUUCAUGCUCGGGAUUGAAAUGCCACGACUUAAAUAAUUCGAAGAGGAACACUUCGUUUACCCUCGACCAUCUGCAAACCAUAUUUUAUGUAUACAUGCUUGGCUGCUCUUCAGCACUGAUAACAUUUUUCCUCGAACUUUACAUUCAUCGUAAGAAAAAAGACAAACAGAAUAAAAGAGAUCUUUUAAGUUGAACAGAUGACAAAAAUUUCUUGGGAACAUAUUUCGAACAGAAAUCGUUCCGUCACACGAGACACC